AUGGAGUAUGAUAAGUCGGUGUUGAUGAAUCAUUCUUUGGCUGCAAUGAAUGAGCUGCUAAAGUUGGCCAUGAUUGAUGAACCUCUCUGGGUCAGAAGCUUGGAUGGAAGUGUAGAGACACUAAAUGUUGAGGAAUAUGCCCGAUCAUUCACCCAAUUUAAUUGCAUGAAAUCUAGAGAUUUCAGAACGGAUGCCACAAGAGCAUCUCGUAGAAUGAUUAAUAAUGGUCUGACAUUAAUGGAGAUAUUGAUGGAUAAGAAUCUAUGGAUGGAGAUGUUUCCAUGCAUUAUCGGAAAAACAUCUACUGUUGAUGUGAUUUCAACUAGUAUAGGUGGAAGCAAGAGUGGUAUUCUACAAUUGAUUAACACUGAAUUACAAAUGAUUUCUGAUUUGGUUUCUGUUCGAGAAAUAACAUUUCUUCGCUACUGCCACCAAUACGCGAAAGAUAUUUGGGUUAUAGUGGAUGUGUCCGUUGACAUCAUAAAUAAAGGUGCACAACAAUGUGAAAUUAGGAAUUGUCUGAGGCUUCCUUCUGGUUGUGUUGUGCAAGAUCUGCUUAAUGGUUACUCCAAGGUAACUUGGAUCGAGCACAUGAAAUAUAAUGAAAAUGUUGUCCACCAUCUGUAUCGCCCUAUGGUCAGGUCUGGUCUUGGUUUUGGCGCACAAAGGUGGAUGGCUACUUUGCAAAGGCAAUCUGAAUUUUUGGGAUUAAUGAGGUCAUUCAAUGACCCCACAGUUGGUUUAAAUGGUGAGAAAAAUGUAGGAAUGUUGGCUCAACGCAUGACUCACAACUUUUGUGCAGGGGUUUGUGGAACCACUCACCAAUGGAAAAUAAUUCAAUUAUCAAAGGGUAAAGAUGUUAAAUUGAUGAAGAGAAACAAUAUUAGUGACCUCGGUGAACCUAGUGGUACAGUGUUGAGUGCCACAAAGACCAUCUGGUUGCCCGUGAAACAUCAACGUUUGUUUGAAUUCCUUAUAAAUGAACAAACGAGGAGUCAAUGGGAUGUCUUAUCCAAUAUUAGUGAUUUCAUGAAACUACUGGUCUACAUUCCCAAGGAUCACAAUAUUGAUAAUAACAUCUCUCUUUUUCAUGUUAAUGGGGGUGACACCAGUACUAAUCAAAAUAACAUGAUGAUCUUGCAAGAUACUUGCACGGACGCAACAGGAUCCCUUUUAGUAUAUGCAACAAUGGAUUCACUAGCAAUGAAUGUGGUGAAGAAAAAAGGGGACCCUUCUGGUGUGGCUCUCUUUCCAUGUGGAAUUGCAAUUGUGCCUGAUUCUUUUCAAGAUUAUAAUACGGCAAAUAACUUCAACAGAAUUCUUGGAGAGAAUGACAAUGGAUUCUGUGGUGGAUCACUUGUGACCAUUGGGUUCCAAAUGUUGGUGAAAACCUUUCAUUCUAAAAAGCACACUAUAGAGUCAGCCAAAAAAGCAAAUGGAAUCAUCUCUGGUAUAAUUAACGGGAUCAAAACUUCUCUCAAGUGCAAGUGA